AUGGCCACUGCCAGCUCAACCCGUUCGUCCCCGACCAGGAAUAGAAGAAAAAGGAACAAAGCAUACAGUCCGGACAGAACUGGGAGCAGUUCAGCUGAAGAUACGGUGCGCUCGCCCAACAGAGCCACAACCUCCAAGACAUCGUCCAAAAGGGGUCGAGGAAGACCGCCCACAAUAGGGCAAUACGUUGGCCUCACGGCCGCCAAGGAGGCGCACCUGAAGGCCCAACGCGAGGAGUGGGCGCUGCUCGCCGAAAAGGAGAUUAUGGAGAGCGUCCGGAACCUCAGGGUGAAGGAGAACUCCGUCGCGGGCAGUACCGGGGAACCCAGACCCGAUCCUGAAAAUAGACUGGAGGAGACCGCAAAAUUGGCCGUCACUAUUGCGGCAAAGUCAGGAAACCUGAAGGGCACAUAUGUACGUGCCCUGAAGGAGAUGGCUUUCGCCAUUCGGGAGGCCAAGGAAGAAAUGGCAGCGAGGACUACCGACGGUGAAAAUAAGAGGCUGCAGGAGCUCUGCAGCAGGCAGGAGGCCGAGAUCCUGCACAUGAAGAAGGCGAUCGCCGACAUGAGGUCGGAGAUAGCGCGCCUGGCCCAUGCAGUAGGAUCACCGGCAGCCGUACCUGCCCCCGCCCCGAUCCAACGGAGCGACGAUGAGGAGGAGCGGCGCCUCCAGCGCAUCAUGCGUGCCGUCGGAACGAUGCUAGACGCGCGUUUCGCAGUGAUGGAAGCACGGCUACCGCCGGAGCCAAGGCUGAGGCCACCGCUGGCCGCAGACCACAGUAGGAGCCGCGCUCAGGAAAAGACGCCGACACCAGCAACGGCAGCAGAAUCAAUGCCGACGCCCGAACCAACAGCUGCGGUCGCGACCGCGGCACCCAACGGUGGCGGCCCACAGAAAAAGAAGGCGCCGAAAAACAGGCAGCAGCCGGCUCCCGCAGAACCACGGACAUUCCCCCCCGCCCCAGCUGCUCUGACGGAAGCGUGGACGACGGUAGCCCGAAGAGGCGCCAAGCCGAGGACGGCAACGGCGACCGGCACCGUGCCCGCUCCACCGCCCCUGAAGGAAAAGAAGAAGAGACUCCGGCCACCGCGCUCGCAGGCGGUUAUUGUCAAGCUGCAGCCGGAGGCCAUCGAGCGCGGAGUCACCUAUCGGUCAGUCCUCGCCGAGGCUAGGGCUAAGAUUGAUCCGGCAGAGCUGGGGAUCCCUAUCCAGCGGAUACGCUCUGCGGUGACGGGAGCAAAAGUAUUGGUCGUAGACGGCGCCGACCAGUACGAAAAAGCCGAUUUGCUGGCGAAUAAACUACGGGAGGUUUUGCCCUCGGACAGCAUUGUCGUCUCGAGGCCGACAAUAACGGCCGCUGUCAGACUGAGCGGCCUCGACGAAUCCAUAUCCCGGGAGGAACUUGGUGCCGCGGUCGCCAGGAUUGGAGAGUGCCCCCCCGACACUGUAAAGGUUGGGGAAAUAAAAAUGGGCCCCGGAGGAACUGGCCAGGUCGUGGUCAGAUGCCCCAUAGCGGGCGUCAAAAGAAUAUUGGCCGUCGACAAGCUGCGGAUCGGGUGGAGCGUCCUUCGCGCUCAACUCCUCGAGGCAAGGGCUCAGGACCUGCUGAUCCAGAGCAUGGCGGAGCGAUUGACCCAUCUAGCGGUCGUCGCCGAGCCCUACCGGGUCCCUUCGGUUCCCGACUGGGCGGGAGAUGUUGACGGCCUGGUGGCCGUGGUCCAGCGUCGGUCGGCGGUGGGCGCUCCGCCCGAAUUCGACGUCGUGCAGAGGGGUCGGGGCUACGUGGCAGUCUUCUGGGCAGGCUUGCUCGUCGUCGGGGUGGGACGGGAGAUGGAGGAGUGGUUGGUCGAGAGCGGUCUCGUUGUCCUCAACCGCGGCGCCGAGAACACAUGCGUCCGUCGUUCGGGUGGGUCAGUGGUGGAUGUGUCGUUCGCGACCCCCGACGUCGCGCGCCGCGUCCGCGGUUGGAAAGUGUUGUCCGACGUGGAGACGCUCUCCGACCACCGCUACAUUCGUUUUCGUGUAGCCGCGGCCCCGGAGUCUUCGACGGCGACUUUGCCCUUUGAUGGUGGCGCGGAGGGUCCGCGCUGGGCCCUGAAGCGCCUAGACGUGGAACGACUGCAGGAGGCGGCCGUCGUCCAGGCUUGGCGGUUGGACUCCCUGGGCGAGCCGGCGGGCGUGUGCGAGGGUGCAGAGCGGCUGCGCGAGGCGAUGUCGCGAGUCUGCGACCACGCCAUGCCCCGCGUCCGAGCGUACGCGCCGAGGCGCCAAGUCUAUUGGUGGAAUGUGGAGAUCGCCGGUUUGCGACGCCGGUGCGCCGGCAGUCGACGAAGAUACCAGCACCUUCGUCGUCGGAGGCGUCGGGAUGAGGAAGAGGAGGACCGGGCGUACGAAGCUUACCGGGUGGACGUGCGCGCCCUGCGCGUCGCGAUCGGGGAGGCGAAGGAAGCGGCGUGGAAGGAGCUGCUCGAGACGCUGGACCGUGACCCGUGGGGGCGACCCUAUCACAUCGCGCGGAGCACCAUGCGCCCCUGGGCCCCACCCACGACGAGUACCCUGCCGCCUGACAUGGUGCGGCAUGUGGUCGGGGGACUGUUCCCGAGCGCACCCGAGAUUCCCUUUGUUCCCCCAGUCAUGUCGUCAGCACGAGACGGGGCUCGGGCCGAAGAAGACGACGACGUGUCGCCAGCGGAAUUUGAUGCGGCCGUCGAAAAAAUGAAACUAAAAAGAACGGCGCCAGGUCCCGAUGGAAUUCCAAAUCGGGCCUGGGCGCUGGCAUUGAAGAUGGAAGGUGGCCUGGGACCUGUCCUCCGAGGGCUGUUCAGCAGGUGCCUCCGAGAGGGUAGGUUCCCGGCAAUAUGGAAAAAAGGUAAGUUGGUUUUGAUUCCGAAGGAGGGGCGCCCCAGGGAUCAACCCUCGGGGUAUCGCCCGAUCGUCGUGCUGGACGAGGCCGGCAAGCUCUUGGAGCGCGUCGUCGCCAGUCGCCUCGUUCAGCACUUAGAAAACUUUAUUGUACUCACUCUUACAUAA